UUAGGACGUUUCUAGGGAAUUUCGGAAAACUGCCAUUUAAAUUUAGGUUGCUUGCCUCUUUUAUGAAAGGAUAGUAAUCUUCGGGUGCUACAUUUGUUAAUAUUCCAAAUAGAAAUGACAACAUGGAUAGUGUUAAAGAUACAAAAUUCAAAUGUGCGAUGAAAGAUGAAGAAGAAUCGUGCAUCAAAAUUGAAUUGAAAUCUGACACCACACGACUCAGUCAUCAGGAAUUAGUGAAACUAACCAAGGCAACUAUAGACAGUCUUGUUGAGCAUGAACCGUUGCUCUCUGGACUACCUUCCGAUGUCACGAUAGAAGAACUUAAAUCACAGAUCGCAGUUGCGCAAGGACAAGCCAUAACUUUAUUCUUAAAUCGCGGAGAAUUGCCAAAGCUCGCAGUGGUGGUACCUCCACAUAACACAAUAGUGCUUGAUUUAAAAAAGGCCAUUAAGAGACACACAAAUUUGUCUUUAAAAAGAGAAAACGUCAAGAAAAAGAUAAGUUGGAAGCAUGUCUGGAAAAAAUAUCAUCUUUGCUUUGGAGACAUUAGACUUUCUAAUGAUAACGAAAAUAUUAAAGCUUAUGGUAUUACUAAUAAGGUGGAAUUACAUUUUAUAAAGAGACGUAGGGAAAAGAAUAAAUUGAUAAAAAGUUAG